GUUUUUUAAAGGUCAUCAGUGAGAAGUGCAGAAAUGGCUAAAUUGACCCAGUUAAUUGACAAUGAAGUCUUCCGGGCUUAUGCUACUUAUGCAACUAUUGUCCUUCUAAAAAUGAUGCUAAUGAGUCUUGUAACAGCAUACUUCAGAAUCACAAGAAAGGCGUUUGCCAACCCAGAAGAUACAGCGUCAUUUGGUAAAGGUGAGAGUGCUAAAAAGUAUCUACGGUCCGAUCCAGAUGUUGAACGUGUACGCAGAGGCCACCUGAAUGACCUUGAAAAUAUUGUCCCGUUUCUUGGCAUCGGACUUCUGUAUGCUCUCAGUGGCCCUGAGCUGUCCACGGCCUUGCUGCAUUUCAGGAUCUUCGCCGGGGCUAGGGUCGCUCACACUUUAGCAUACCUGAUCCCUCUUCCCCAGCCCGGCAGAGGUUUGUCUUGGGCGGUUGGGUACGCAGUGACCAUCUCAAUGGCGUACAAAGUGCUGAAGGUGGCGUACCUGUAGCAGAGUCGUCGUUUCUGUGUACCAUUCGACAUUCCACGCAGACUUUCCCCGCAGUGUGUGUUGGUGCCUUGAAUGAGCCAGCAUGAGUUUUCCAUGGUGACUGGAAUUCGUGUUUUAGUACAGGCUUUUCAUUCCUGUUCAGAAGUAUUUCUUUUUGGAGGAAUAAAAUACCCUUCUCCCUGUUUUUCCUGUUCAUGGGCUGCAUUGCCAAGAUGUUAGAUUGAAUGUUCCCUUUGUGCUCUGUCAAGUGCUUACAAUUCUAAACAUGUGAUGAUGCUGUAUUGAUAGCAUGUGUGGUAAUUUUCUACAGAUGCACUAUUUUUGGCUGUAGCUCUGAAGUCUAAAUCAAUAAAGACAAGA